AUGGAAAAGAUCAGCUCGAGACAAUGGUUUAAUCGUGUAGAUCAGACUGUCAUACUAGGUGCCCUUCCGUUCAAGUCAAUGACAGAGGAGUUGGUCCAAAAAGAGAAAGUAAGAGGUGUCAUUACCAUGAAUGAAGAAUAUGAAACUAAAUAUUUCUGCAAUUCAGCUGAGGAGUGGCAGACUGUAGGAGUGGAGCAAAUCAGACUCAGUACAGUGGACCUGGUAGGUGUUCCCAGUCUAGAGUACAUCCACAGGGGUGUGGAAUUCGCCUUAAAACACAGAGAGGAAGGUACCAGUGUCUAUAUUCACUGCAAGGCCGGCCGCUCACGCAGUGCAACUAUUGCAGCUGCAUACCUCAUCAGGCUACACGGCUGCACACCAGAGGAGGCAUAUAAGAUGUUGGCCUCAAUCCGGCCUCAUGUGCUGAUCCACUCAGGACAGAUGGAGAUGCUACAGAAGUACCAUAAGGAAGUGUUUUGCUCCGAGGCCAGAUAG